AUGGAGAUCCAUUCCGUGUUACCUGAAGAGCGAGCAAGAGAUCCCAAAGGCGAGACACUUCCCUGGGGCUAUCGCUAUGCAGACUCGGCGAGAAACGCCAGACAACUACCAGAAGAGAGCGGACCCUUUGGCCGCAAUCGGAGUAUAAGAUCGACCGCGUCACGGACGCCGCGCGCAAGAACCGGCACUACACCCGUUCGUCAAAAGGAGAACACCGCCGUCGCCGAGUUUGGGAGGCUGUUUGCAAAGGAACAGGCGAAAGAGGAAGAGAGGAAGACUACGUUACCCUCACCUCCGACGGCUUCAGGCGAAGCACCCGCGACGGAACGACCUAUCCAGCCAGAAGCCGUGCCCACCGAAUGUCUACUCUAUGGCUAUGCGAGCAAACAGUCGGAAUGGAAGGUGCUGUCGAAAUUCGAAAAGAUUGUCUCCCCGGGCAUAAUUUGCGAAGACUACCCGCGAGAAGAUCCCAAUCUCUACCUUUCUUCGAACUCGCCGUUUGGCCUUUCUAGGGGCUCCGUGGUGGUCCAUCAGAAUCUGAGCCGUGAAGCGAUCAAGAAGAGUCGGAUAUACCGCGGUGGGAACCACUGGAUUAAGGUCACAUUCGACUCCUACCAGGCUGCGGAGAGAGCCUGCUUUUACAGUCCCAUCGACAUCGAUGGCUACAUGGUUCACUGCGAGAUGUGGCACGGAAAAGGUCCUGCAGCCGAUGUUCCGUUACCCAAAGGUCCUGCUGUUGGACCAGAGGGCUCAGACCUUAUCCAGCCACAGCUCCCGCGACAGGCUGAUGACGGCCGAAGAGCACGGACGUUGAGCUCGUCACAGUCUUCCCGUAUGCUAUCAGGCAAACAGUCGGCUAUUGCUGGCUUCGAACGGGCACUACAGACUUUGCCCCGAUCUCACACCAUGCCCGACAUGCAAUACGGGCAGCCUCUUAGCCACGAAGACGAGCAACUCUCCGUCAAUUCCGCAACAGCCUCGUCGGCAACCGCAACGGCCACCGACCUAGCUGCUCCUGAGCCAUUAUCACCUACCGGUCUACGAUCACGCUCCGUGCCUCAGCUGCCCAGUGAAACCGCCCAGCACCCCGCAGACUCGGAGUACAUGACACACAUUAAGAAUGUGAAAAAGGUAGUCCUCCGACCAAUAUCCGAAGCCCUGCCCCCACAGCCGACAUUUGCCGAAAGAGUUUUGGGCAGUAUCCCUAUUGUGUCGUACUUCAUGGGGAGCACGAGCACCAAGCAAGGAGCCACGGGCGGAAGACGUGACGUGAUAGGCGAGGGACCACUGCUCAGGGACGACGGAAGCUGGGAUCCAGCUAAUGGCUGGUACUGGAGCUUCUGGCACGGCGUGGACAGGUGGUUUGGGACCGACUUUUGUGGCCUGAAGGACGACUGA